AUGGGUCGUGUAAGGAAAGACAGUGUUCAUGACUCUUCUUUUGCGAACAACAAACCCGCAAAAUUGUCGACAAAGAAACUAACAACUAAUAACCUUUGUACGAAAUGUAAAAAAGAAGAAAGCGUUGAUGGACGGUGGAUACAAUGCGACAGUUGCUCAAAGUGGUACCAUACAGCAUGUGUUAGAAUUCAACUAGACGAUAAUGGCGAAUUUUCUGAAGACUAUUACUGUAUACAAUGUAGAGAAUUAGACAUAUUAGAGCAUUCGUCUAGCGAAAAAGAAUAUACGCCGAAUAGGAAACUUUCAAUUUCUUCUGCGUCGUCUUCACGCAGCAGUGGUUCUACGUCACACAAAAAAUUAAAAAGUAAUAAUGGGACAUCACAUAUACCAUCUCCAGAACCAUAUAUUUUGGAGAACGGUGCCAAUUCAACGACGGAAGUGGAACAUGACAAUAAUAAUCAUAGUCCACAUGUUAUUCAAGGUUCACAAACGCAAUCAAAACCAACUUGUAAAUUACAAAAGAUUACUUCACCAACAAAGCGUUCCAAUAGUCACGGUAAUAGUGAGGUUGAGCGUCAAGAAACAGUAUCAAUCACAACUUCUACCGUGAGUGUUUCGGAAACCACGUUAUUUCAUCCUUAUACCUUUCCUAAUCCUAUUUCAUAUAACCGAGCACUUCUUCGAGUAGCACAAAUUCGUGAGUUCAUCUUGACUCAUUGUCCCGCAGCAACAAGAAUGGAAGGCGCCGAUGGGGCAGAAAAUGGUAACCGGCCUGUAUCAUUACAGUUAGCUGAGGAGCUAUGGAAGAAAAUGGAAAAGUUGGAAAGAACACACGAUAGACGAAAAUAUAAUAAUCAAUGA